CGCCGGCGCGUGGUCGUGACGUCACGCGCGCGUCUCCGGUCUGGGCCGCGGGCUCCUGGGGGUCGCGGUCGCGCGUGGCCGCCGUCUCCUGGCGUGUCGCUGUUGCUGUCUCGGGCCGUGCGAGCCUCCCGGGCUGCACCAUGUACCACAGCAGCAGCCAGAAGCGGCACUGGACCUUCGCGGGCGAGGAGCAGCUGGCGCGCCUGCGGGCCGACGCCAACCGCAAAUUCAAGUGCAAAGCGGUGGCGAACGGGAAGGUUCUUCCAAAUGAUCCAGUGUUUCUUGAGCCUUAUGAAGAAAUGACACUUUGCAAAUACUAUGAGAAAAGAUUAUUGGAAUUCUGUUCGGUGUUUAAGCCAGCAAUGCCACGCUCUGUUGUGGGUACAGCUUGUAUGUAUUUCAAGCGUUUUUAUCUUAAUAAUUCAGUAAUGGAAUAUCACCCCCGGAUAAUAAUGCUCACUUGUGCAUUUCUGGCCUGCAAAGUAGAUGAAUUCAAUGUGUCUAGUCCUCAGUUUGUUGGAAAUCUUCGAGAGAGUCCCCUUGGACAGGAGAAGGCACUGGAACAGAUUUUGGAAUAUGAAUUGCUACUUAUACAACAGCUUAAUUUUCACCUUAUUGUCCACAACCCUUAUCGACCAUUUGAAGGCUUUCUCAUUGAUAUAAAGACUCGAUACCCCAUGUUGGAGAAUCCAGAGAUUUUGAGGAAAACAGCUGAUGAUUUUCUUAGUAGAAUUGCGUUGACAGAUGCUUACCUUUUAUACACACCUUCACAAAUUGCCCUGACAGCUAUUUUAUCAAGUGCCUCUAGGGCUGGAAUUACUAUGGAAAGCUAUUUAUCAGAGAGUCUAAUGCUGAGAGAAAAUAGAACUUGCCUGUCACAGUUACUGGAUAUAAUGAAAAGCAUGAGAAACUUGGUAAAAAAAUAUGAGCCACCCAGGUCUGAAGAAGUUGCUGUUCUGAAACAGAAAUUGGAGCGAUGCCAUUCUGCUGACCUUGCACUUAAUGUGGUGACGAAGAAGAGGAAAGGCUAUGAAGAUGAUGACUAUGUAUCAAAGAAACCCAAACAAGAAGAGGAGGAAUGGACUGAUGAUGACCUGGUAGACUCUCUCUAACCUUUUGAAGUCACAACGGCAGUGCUAACGAAGCAACAGAAGUAGGAAGCAUGUCUGACAUUUAAGUAGUAUAAUGUAAAACAUCAAAAUAUAUUAAACUUUUCUAAUUAUAUUUUUUCUUUGUGACUGCUUUAUAUAAAAUAUAACUUCAAAAGAGGCUGAAUGCCACCUACUUUGGAUAUUUGUAACUCACUAAGACUAGUAGCAAACCAUGUCCUCCUAUGGUGGCCAAAUUCAAACUAUGGUGCACUCCCUUGUAUUACUGUGAACAAAAUGUAAUUAAAGAAGACUAUCAGUUUAGAAGAAAUACAGAAAAACAAAACUUAAUAAUAGUAAACUUUAGAAGUGCUAAGGAAAUAGGUUUUACUCUCCAGAAGGUCUUACAAAUGGCUUUGCAAAAUGUUUCUUUAAUAGACUGAACUAUGGAUGAAUUACUAUGAGCUAUAGAGUAUAUUGGGCAAGUUAUUUAGUGCUGAGGCACUAAAUCUUAUUCUAAGCAUUUACUGACAUCUGGGUUCAAAUAAAAUGUAAUUUUUGAGUCUAGAGAAAAAUCUUAAAUUACUAAAGAUAAGUGGUAGCAAAUUAUAGUCAGUUUUAUCAUUAAAUGAUCAUCUCUAAGUGAAUCCAUAUAAAAUAGGCAUUAUGGUCACUAGGAAUUUAUAGAUUAAAUACAUUCAAAAGUUUAAAAAUGAAAUUAGUAUAAAAACUCACAACAUGGAAUUAAAUUACUUAGGUAUGCCUCUAUUUUUCUACGAUUUUAGUAAACUGUACCUCAGUGUGCUACUUUCCCAAGUAAAGAAUGGGGAAAAUGAUGAUGCCUACUCUUGGUAGAAUUAUUCCCAGCAGUGUUUGGCAUGCUAAUAUGUACUUGCUGUGUAUGAAUACCUGUCCUAAUGUGAUAACUAGUAGAUAGUAGUUAGGACCAAAUUUCAGGUAGGUAUGUAUGUUAGACCAGUGUUUUGUUUGGGUGCUUUUGGACUUGUUUUCCUUUUUUUUCCCCUGGAAAACUGGCUUGAAGAAAUUCUGAGAAACUCUACUACCUCAAAUGUAAAUCUACCCAGCUCUCCAUACUCGAAGACACAUUUCCUAGGAGGAUCACUAAAAUCACUGAAGUUUGGCAUCAGAGAGUCUCACAUGUACCUCUGAAAAUCUUCUGCCCAGCCCCAUUAAAAAAAAAUGUUUCAAAGAUUUUAUUUAUUUCACCACUAAACACCUAACUACUACUACAGGGCCAAUGAAGGUAAGUGACAAGUUUCCCACUUCAAUUUAAGACACAAACAUGUCAGUAAAACACAAAAAUGAGGAUAAGUCUUUCCAAUUUCUUUUACAAUAAAUGAUUAAAAAAAUAAAUUAAAUAAAGGAGAAGCGUGUCUGGCCAAGGAGUGCCAAAUGGGCCGUCACAGCUGACACUCAAGUGCAGUUAGUAGGAAGAACUGAAGCGCCUUAGAGAAAAUCCUGAGCUACAUAAACCAGUCAGUAGCCCUUCCACCUUAGAAACCAAGGAAGUGAGAGGAGUUACUGUUUUUUUCCCCAUUUUGUUUUGUUUUUGUUAUCACAGUUAACCUGAUUGAAGCUUUGUUAAGGACAGUAAAUUACCUGUGUGGCUGCAUUCAGCCCUAUAUUUAAGCUAGGGAUAUCUCUCAAUGGUAACAACAAACAUCUUUCUAAAGAAUACAUUGAGGCCUCUUCAGUUUGUUCCUCAGCAAAAGGAAAUAAACCCUUGAGUAUUUAACAUCUUCCACUGUAUACAGCAUCUCUGAGGAGUGCAAUCAACUGUUUUUAGACUCUAGGCCUUAGAAAAACAUCUUAUUGAGGGAACUUUUAUUUUUUUUUAUUAAUACCUUCCUUGGUUCUUUUUAAACAAACAAAAAACCUAUUUUUGAUUACUCUGCUACACGUUUUUAAGUCUUGUCUUCAGCAUAAGACAUGUUGCUUAACAAGUUGUACAAUGACUGAAUAAAUAAAAUCCUUUAUGAAAGAAACAAUCAAUAAAAAUCCUCCUGGGCCUUGUCCUGUUAUUAAAGCUUGAACUAUCCCUAAAAAUGGAAGAAAAUUAUAAUGAAGUUAAAUAGUAAGCUGAUUAAUUAUGCAAGCUAUCCCUCAGUUUAUUUUAACUUAACCCUUGGGAAUACUUCACAAAAAUACAAACACAGGAUCAGAUGAAACUAUACAAACUAAAUUAUCCAGCAGAAGAAACAAGUACAAGUUCAAAGAUGUAUAAGUUGUUAAGUGGCUGAGGAGGUUGUCUGCAUAACCAGAGCAGUAACAAAAAGUCAUCUUAGGACAGACACAAGUAUUCUAGCAGUUUGUUUAAACAUAAAAGACAUCAGUAAUCUAUAAAAUGGUCAAAUGGGUAACAUGCAUUGAUUGGUACAAUGACCAAUAAUAUUUAUUGAAUUUAAACUAUUUACUUUUGUAAACAUUUUAACAAAACCAUGAGAUCUAAAUACAGUCUUUGACAAUUCCAACAAAAUAAGUGGUAUGUUUAAAAAAUAAAGCUGAUGAGCAUAGAUUCAUCCAUUCUAUAUAUUGUCUUUUACAGUUCCAGGAAGAAUAAUAGCACAGUAUUUUUAGAAAGUAUACAGCAAGAUUGUUCCUAUUACAAUGUCAAACUCUGGAAACUGUAAAUACAAAUAAAUUCAGUGAACAGUCAAAUGGUCAUAAUCGUAAGGACAAAAUUACAGUAAGAAGUCUGCAAUCCAGUUAAAUUCUGUUGUCAAUAGGAUGCAUUUUUCUUGUCAGUUGAUUUCAUAGUUCAUUUUCCAAGAGACAGUAAAACUUUGGCAAUUGGAUAUACUGAAAAUAUAUUUUCAAAGUUCAAGACAGCUUUUUUUUUUCUCUUGUGAAAGUUGAUCUGUACACCAAGGCUCAGAGUUUGGUAAAGAUUCCAUGUGGAAAAAGUGCAAAUAUUCUGCACAGAUAGCUUACAAAGGUACUGGCAGUUACUUGCCAGCAGAAUCUUGAGUUUUUUUGUUUGCAUAGCUCACACAUCACUGGAAUGUGGAAAGGUGUGCUACUUUCUCUCUCUUUCCUUUCUUGUUUCUUUCUUGUUUCUUUUGGCAAGAGCAAAGGAGACAUAGUGAUGUGAAUUACCACGUUGGACGUGCUGAAUCCAUGCAGAACACCAGGCUGCUACCUGACAUCAUUGGUUUUUGUAUACUGGUUUUGUUUUUGUUGAAGCAGUUCAGUUAUAGCCAAAAGCUUUUUCAGUACAUGCUAGACACAAGGAGAAACAGUGGAGGGGAGAAAUUACUAAGCAAAGAAUCUAAAAUUUCAAGAUAGAAAUUGGGAUUUAAUAACAACUACAGCAAAGCAAUGUGAUUCUUAAGGUACUAGCAUUUCUACUCAUUACAUGAAACUGAGUUCUGAUUAUUUCAACUAAGUAUUUAAGAUCUUAUCACACUAAAUUUAUCAUUCUAAACCUUGGUAAUAAACUACUGUAAUGUUUUUCAAUUGGAACUCUAUUAUUUAAGCUGUUUUCUAAACUUAAGAAAAAAAACUUAAUCACUGUUUUAAUUUCUUUGUGAAGUCUCUGUCAGACAGGGAAGCAGUGCAGUGGUAGCAUUUACUGCCUCUGAACCAUGAAGAAAUUCGUCAGAUUUAGGAUGUGUGUGUGUUUGUCUUGAUUUAUACUUCCCCUGUGCCUUUCUCCCCAUUUAACUUCAACACUAGGUCAAUUAAAAACCAUUCCAAUUCUA